UUGGAUAAAAUAAAACAAACGGUCCGAACAAUCAAAACACCCUAUCUAAUUAAAUGGUUGAAAUCAGGGGGGGAAAAGUAAUCUAGGAAAUGUAAAUUAAAAUGGGCUAUAAUAUAGAGCGAAUUAAUUUAUAAGUAAUUAGGCUAUAGAAAUAAUUCUUUUGCGAGGAUAUUUUAGAGGUCAGAGAUCCUGUAGAAAAUCGACGAAGAUGGCGGAUGAGAAGAGACGACACAAGAAAUGACAGGGUAAUUUGUUUGCAAUUUAUCAACACUCAACAGUGGCCCUACUUGGGAUGCAUCAAUUUUCCACACCAAAGUUAACGUUUCCCAUGUCUAUAAACAAUGUAAUCAUGCAGCUAACUUCCAGUAUUUAUCCUUACAAUUAGCAACUAUGUAUGAAACAGCUUAAACACUUGGCAUCAAUGGAUAUGAUCCUUGCAUUCGUAUUUAUCAUUACAAAACUACUUUUAUUCCUGUUCAAGUUCUCCACUGCCCUUGACAGCAUUAGUCCAUCAGAAUUUAUGAUUGAUGGCAAGACAUUGGUCUCCGAAAAGGGAACUUUUGAACUGGGUUUUUUUAGUCCUGGCAUUUCCAAGAAAAGUUACUUGGGAAUAUGGUACAAAAAUAUCCCAGUUAGAACCAUUGUUUGGGUUGCAAACCGGCGCAAUCCUAUUAAUGAUUCCUCUGGCUUGUUGAAGGUAGAUAACUGCAGCGACAUUGUACUUCUUAGCAACAACACUAAUACUGUUGUUUGGUCUUCAAACUCAACGAAAAAAGCAAGUAGUCCGAUUUUGCAACUUCUGGAUUCCGGGAAUCUAGUCUUGAGGGACAAAAAUGAUGGAAGGAGUGGACUCUUAUGGCAAAGUUUCGAUUAUCCAUGUGAUACAAUGUUACCAGGAAUGAAGAUUGGAUGGGAUUUAAGGGCAGGAUUUGAUUGGCGUCUAUCAUCUUGGAAGAGCUCAGAUGAUCCAUCUCCAGGAGACUUUACAAUGGGGAUCGAACGAGAGAGUAACCCCGAGGUAGUAGCCUGGAAGGGCUCGAAGAAGCACUACAGGAGCGGUCCAUGGAAUGGCGUUGGAUUUAGUGGUUCUACAGAGGUAAAGCCUAACCCAGUUUUUUAUUUCACUUUUGUCUCAAAUAACAUUGAGGUGUACUAUAUAUUCAACCUCAAGAGUGAGUCUACAGUGAUCACAAGGUUAGUUUUGAACCAUACUACCUCCGAUCGUCAGUGCUAUACAUGGAAUGAAGAAACCCAAACUUGGGUGCUCCAAGUUUCUGUGCCAAGAGACCACUGUGACAAUUAUGGCCUCUGUGGUGCAAAUGCAAAUUGCAUUUUCAAUGCCAUACCGGUUUGUCAAUGUUUGGAAAAAUUCAAGCCCAAGUCACCAGAGGAAUGGAACAAAAUGGACUGGUCUCAAGGGUGUGUGCGAAAUAAGGAAUUAGACUGUCAGAAAGGAGAUGGAUUCAUCAAAUUUGAUGGACUCAAAUUGCCAGAUGCUACACAUUCUUGGGUCAACAAAGAUAUGAAUCUCAAGGAAUGCAAGGCUAAAUGCCUAGGAAAUUGUUCCUGUAUGGCCUAUUCAAAUUUAGAUAUUAGAGGAGGAGGGAGUGGCUGCGCUAAUUGGUUUGGUGAUCUGAUGGAUAUUAGACUGGUUCCAGGUGGAGGCCAGGAACUAUACAUUCGGAUGCAUGCUUCCGAAAUAGGUAUGUUGUUGCCAUAUUUUACAUGGUGCCAAGAAAAUACUUCAUCUGAGAGAACAGAAAACGACUGGAAAAAUGAUACGAACAAUGGUGGGCAAAAGGAAGACAUGGAGCUACCACUGUUUGCGUUCUCAGCCAUAGCUGAUGCCACCAACAACUUUUCAGUCAACAAUAAGCUAGGAGAAGGUGGAUUCGGACCUGUCUACAGGGGUAAGCUAGAAGACGGACUGGAAAUUGCUGUGAAGAGGUUAUCAAGGUGUUCUGGUCAAGGAUUCAGUGAGUUCAAAAAUGAAGUGAUACUAAUUAACAAGCUUCAGCACAGAAAUCUUGUAAAGCUUCUUGGUUGCUGCAGUCAAAGAGAGGAGAAAAUGCUGAUUUAUGAAUACAUGCCUAACAGAAGCCUGGACUUCUUCAUAUUCGAUGAGACAAAAGGUAGACUGUUAGACUGGUCCAGGCGUUUCAACAUCAUUUCUGGGAUUGCAAGGGGGCUUCUCUAUCUUCAUCAAGAUUCCAGAUUGAGAAUUAUACAUAGAGAUCUCAAAGCAAGUAAUGUUUUACUCGAUGAUCACAUUGUUGUGCAUACUGGACCGAAAGCAAACACAAAUAAAACACAAACAAGCAGAUUUACGUGGUUCCCCAAAACCGGGUACGUCCACGGAGGCAACAGAUUGUAUAUUAUUGGAGGAAUGAUACAAACACUCAACUCAACCCAGUACAAUCCCACAAAACCCAGUGUUUCACUCUUACACUCGGUGUUUUUCUCAAAUCUGCACUCUUUCACUCUCACAAUUGCACUUACACUCACUGCAUACUUCCUCUACACUUACACUCACUGCACUCUCUAUCUCCAUUUAUACAAGAAAGAAGAGCCUUGGCAGCAACCCAUGUGCAGCCUAAUAAAUGCCAACCAACUACUGCAAGAAGAAAGUCAUGGUGGUUGGAAAAAGGUUGACAAAUUUGCAAAUGUUGACAAUUUGCUACAAAUCUCCACCUUGGCAAGAUUUUUCCAUCCAAUCCUCGUGAUCAAUCAAUGCUGCCUCUAA